UCGCGAUGGGUCUCGUUGGGUUAGUUCUUCUUUUGCUGCUCGGCUCCCUGACUGUCGUGUAUCUUUAUCUUCGGAGUAAGCAAACUUUCUGGAAAAGGCGGAACAUUCCGGCCGCAGGGAAUCCGCACCUGUUGUAUGGAAACGUUUCGGAUUGGAUAAAGCUAAAGGAACAUUCGGCUGUUGCGCAGCAACGUAUCUAUCGGGACUUACGCCGCAAAGGGUUGACUUUCGGGGGAUUCAACAACCUGUUCACCCCGUCGAUUCUGCUAGCCGAUCCGGAACUGGUGAAGCAUAUCCUGGUUAAGGAUUUCAAUGUGUUCCAGGAUCGGGGCCUGUACGUCGAUCCCGAAGUAGACCCCCUAAAUGCGAAUCUGUUCAAUCUCGAGGGACUGCAAUGGAAGGUGAUGAGACAGAAAUUGUCACCAACCUUCACUUCCGGAAAGAUGAAGAUGAUGUACGAUAUUGUGGUGGGCGUGGCCGAUGAAAUGAACAAGUUUAUGGAAGUGAACUACCAUCGAAAGGACCUUGAUAUUAGGGACGUAUUGCAGCGAUUUACGACGGAUGUGAUCGGAAAUGUAGCCUUCGGAAUCGAGUGCAAUACUAUGCAAAAUCCGGAUUCCGACUUUCGGAAGAUGGGAUGCAAAGCUUUUCAGUUUACCACCUGGAAUUUGAUGAAAACAUUCGUUGCCAUGCAAUAUCGCGGUUUGGCCAAAACGUUGAAGAUUAAACUCAUGGAGGACGAUGUUGAGCGGUUUUUCUUGGAUAUUACUAAAAGCACUGUGAAGCUACGUGAGCAAAGCAACGUUCAGAGAAACGAUUUUCUAAAGCUUUUGUUGGAAAUCAAAAAUCAAGGGAAGCUCAGUGAUGACCCUAAUUCAGGUGGCGAAGGAUUAUCCAUGAGGGAACUUGCUGCACAAUGUUUCGUAUUUUUCCUAGCUGGCUUCGAAACAUCUUCAACUACCAUGAAUUUCUGCCUCUAUGAGCUUGCCAAGAACCCUGAUGUACAAGAUCAGCUGAGGAAAGAAAUCAACCAAGCUUUGACACAAGAUAACGGCAACAUCAAGUAUGACACGCUGAUGGGCAUGGAUUAUCUGGAUCGUGUCGUAAACGAAACCCUUCGAAUGCCAGACAGUGAAUGGCUCUCGGAACGCUGA